GUUCUCUUUCACGACGAGGGAAAGUAUAAGGUUCUUUGCGGAGAAAAAGCAUAACCGGUCCCCGUAUUCGCUGAUUCAUCAAAAGAGCGAUUUCUGCAACCACCAUGAACUACAAGCCCACGAAUUUCUUCAGCGGCUCCCCGUUGAACAGGCUUUCUUGGCUACGUCCAUCUCACAAAUUCUUGAACGCCAUAAUACUAUCACCAAAUACUCGAUGGCUUCUCUUCAAAGCCGGUCAACCUCUAAUUUCGUAUCGACCAACACCUGAAUCUGAAGAGAAACCAAAGAAGAAGAUCGUGUAUCUACCUACCCGACCUCUACUUCCUCUCCUAGGACCCUCUCCCUUCUUUGGACAAUCGCAGACUGCAGGCGCGUUAAUGUCAGAUUCAGACAUCUCUCACAGUACAGAAGCCGCUAGGCAUCUCGGAAUACCCCUAGUUUUUCUCGGGUUACACGAACACGGAACAUCAAGCUCGGCGUUGCCGGAAGCGGACUUCAAAGAAGACGUUGAAGGCGUCGUGAAUAAGCUAGAGGGAACUCCUUAUUUUGCCGUCGAUGUCGAUGAUCUGGAGGAAUCACAGAUUGAUGGUGUAUUGAAAGACUUGGAGAAAGAGCUCAAUGUCAAGUUUGAAUGGAACGAACCUCGAUCGGCGAUGGGUUUGAUGGACUCGUUCGAAGCAGCAGUGUUUGCCGAGGCGAGAAGUAUGGUUGACUGGAACUUUAGACAUAAGUUCUGUGCAGGCUGUGGAUCGCCACAAUAUUCAAUGUGGGGUGGUUGGAAACUUUCUUGCACCAGACUCCUUCCUUGGGGUGAUAACGACGUGGAGGGGAAGAAACCUUGUCCGUCUGGAAAAGGUCUCAACAAUUACACCCAUCCACGCACAGACGCCGUCGUUAUCAUGAUCGCUACAGACCAAACAGGCGACAAGAUCCUCCUCGGAAGAAGUAGAAAGUUCCCUAUGAAGUACUACUCUGCACUUGCGGGAUUCGUAGAGCCAGGCGAGUCCUUUGAGGAUGCUGUGAUGCGGGAAAUGUGGGAAGAGGCUGGUGUGAGGGUCUGGGAUGUUACUUAUCACUCUGCUCAGCCUUGGCCCUACCCUGCGAACCUCAUGGUUGGUUACUACGCGAGAGCAGAUUCAACGAAACCCGUUCGGACAGAUCUGGACAACGAACUUGUGGACGCUCGAUGGUACACACGAGAAGAAAUCUUCGCCGUGCUCAAUCACCAAACAGGGACCAGAUUAGAUUACAAGAAAUUUUCUCAACACGAAUCACAACAGGAUCAGGAACAGAUUCUGGCAAUCCAGAAACAGCAACAGCAGUGGCGGUUGCAACAACAACAACAACCUGGAGGGGCUGGGGCACUAGCUCAUUCACAUCCUCAUAUUGUUGCAAAGGAGCAAGCAGAGAACAACAAUGUACCCGAGGCAGUUCUUGGGGGCGAACCAGACUUUAGGGUUCCCCCUGCUACAGCUAUCGCUGGAGUGCUUAUCAGAGAUUGGGCAAUACAGAAUAUUACAUUCCCUCCUGUACAAGUUGCAAAUCUAUAAUCUGAAUGAUAAAUGUGUCGUUUCAA